CUUCAUGGUAUAAUUAAUGUUUGUAAACAAAACUAACCUUACUUAAUAUUCCUUCAUGCUAUAAUUGACAGACUGAGUUCCCAACCCUUUUCUCUAUUCAUUUUAUUCCCAUAUCGCCUCUCUCGUCAUUCUUUGGAAGUAAUGUCCGGUUCUUGCUAUCACUUUAGUUUUGUCACCCUCCAUGGUGUGUCCUCCUUUGUGGCAAUACUGUUGGAUUUUAUUCAGUCGGACGUCCUACUUGUGUUUCUUGAUGCAGCAUUCGAUGUUACGUCCAGUUUGGCCAACGUAAUAGUUGAUGGGAUGAAGCCUGCAGGUAUUUAUUCGUAUGCGUCUUCUUUCGAUAUACUCCCAGUUCCAUGCCACCAUCUGUCUUCCUAGUGACCAACACAUCCCAGAAUUUUAACUGCUUUGCAGUUUCCAUUUCCAUAAAUUUGAUCAUGAAUUGUUGUGAGUUUAGGUGGUCUAGAAAUUCCUGGAGUUUCUCUUUUCAUGAUAGUUUCUGGCGAAGACCAUUCCAUCUCUGGUGAAUAGAGAUUCCACAUCGAAACUUACCAAGAUAUCCUGGGAGUCUAACUUCAUACUCUGUUUUACCUGUAAAAGGAGACAGAAUCUUGGCAAGGUGUUUUGCUAGUUGAUAGGUGGGAGAAUUUAUGGCACUGACAAUAGGGCGUACUAGGACACCUGGUUUAUGGAUUUUGGGUAAUCCAUAUAUCCUUGGAGGUACUGGGGCCUGUACAAAUAAGCUUCUCUGUGAUUCUGCUGGGAUAAAUAUAUUUAUAAAUACAUUCUUUAUAGCACAAUUAGAAAAAUCCCCCGCACGGUUGGACGAAUUUUUAUUCCUCAUAAUGAAUAGUAUGGGAAAUUUUAUUGGGAACUAUAUUGAGGUUGCCGAUAUCGUGCAGUUCUUCAGUAGUAAUACAGACGUGAUGAGGCGUUGCGAAUCAAGCCUCGAACGCCAUAUAUCAGCUCGUAAACGAGCUUUUCGCCCAGAGCUACAUAAAUAUCAAGAAAAUAGUAAGAAUUGCCAGUGCCACGUUUGCACAGCAAGGGCGAUGUGCAAUAUUGAUGAGAUGCAUGAAUACUGGUGUUGCUUAGAAGAAUUAUUGCUUAAGCUGUGUGCAGAUGAAACGAUGGAAGAAGAGGCAGCAAACGUGCUUGAAACCCUGAGAGAAUUUUAUUUUACAUUACAAUUUGAUCUGCCAGUAUGUUGCAGACGCAAAGAUAAGAAAAGUGUCAUUCGCAAAUGUAUCGAGGAAGAGUUGUUGCGACCAUUAAAAAAAUUAGUUUUAGCAAGCAAGUAUGACAAGAAAAAGACUGAACCAGCUAAAUCAAUUGAACACCCAGAAUCUUCAAAACCAAAAUCACCGACGAAGGACGACAAACGGAAAAAACAGCGGAGUAAAAUAUCGUUGAGUCCUACUAGUGAAGGACUUCCAAAAGCACCCCAAUCUACAUCACCUAGGAAGAAGGUUCAAACAAGUGGCGGAGACGCAAAACCGUCUACGUCUAAAAUGCUCAUGCAAGAAGAGGAAGAUGUGACAGUUUACGAACUAGCACUUGAUCACGAAAGUGAGGGUGAUGAAGAAGGUGCCACAGCCCAAGAGGAACCAAGCGAGUUUAUCCUCAAAAUGGUCAAAAAAGGAGGAAUUUACAUGCCAUCGAAUUUAGAAGAGCUUCCCGAAGAAUUAAAAAACGUAUUUAAAAGAAUCGCAGAUGCUGCAAAAAUGAUAGUGGAUGCUCCUCCGAGCACUUCAGCAGCUGCAUCACCUGCGAAAUCACGAAAACAUAAACCAAAGAAAACGACCGAAGUAUUAACAAAGCCCGUUCUGGUCGUCUCACCACCAGUCGAAAAGAAAAUCCAAAUAAUUCCUCACGAAGUACAAGAAGCCAUGGAUGUUUUUCCACAACUGCAACGUUACGGCUUAUCUGCUAAGCCUUCCAGUGUGAAGCUGACAGAACCCGAUCCCGAAAGAAUUAAAUUGGAAGACUUAAUGGCAUCAGGUUCUUUCAAAAAGCAUAAACAACCCGAAAAUCCAUUCAAAUUAACACAAAAAAGACAGGCAGAGAGGGUAAAAUUAUCACAUGCUCUACAUAGAUCAUCUUCCAUCGAAAAGCUUCCUUCAGAAUUUCCUGACGAUGAACCAAUUAUGCCAUUUAAAUUACAACCUCCUCAACCAAAAUCCCCUCCUGGUGCAAAGCAACCGGACACCACCAAACUUUUAAAAGACGAAUUGGAUAAAACAACCAUCGGGAAGAAACUUUUUGAAACCGUUUUUGGAGUUCAAGAUGAUGAUAAAAUCUUUCAACUUGAAGAAUUGAUGAAAAUAGAGCAACCAGCUAUCGAAAUGCAAAGACCUGUUCCAGUUCCGAAGGAGCCUCGAGCAGAAGAGAAGAAAGUUAGCAAACAGUCACGCUUAGAUCCGAAUCUUGCAAGCAGUUCUAAGCAGACCACCCAAGCUCAGUAUUACCCACAAGAUGUGAAGCCCCAAAUAACUUACGACGAAAAGGACUUAGAAGUUGUCGAUCUAUCCGAAGCUUCAUACGAAUACGGAUUUGAAUAUUCAGAUGAUGAUGAAGAGGAGGAAUUAACUUACGAUGAAGCUUCUGGAUCAAAGUAAUCAGUUUAAUAUUUAAUAAUUUUGAGUUAAUUUGAUUUGAUUUUGUGAUUAUUUUGAGUUCCUACAAAGAUGUUUGUAAUAGUUUAAUAAG